GUUUUGCGAUUAUUCCAGCGUCAAUGCGUGAUAGUAAAUGCACGUUCGUACGGCAAACAAAACUACAAGGUAAUGGGGAUUUAUUUUAAGAAUAUCUGAAAAUACGCUCAACACUAUUUCUCUCUGGUGGUAAGCUCAGUUGAGUGUCGUUGGUCGUUGAUGAGUUAUCAUGGUACUACCGAAAAGUAAUAUAUUUUAUACGAUAGCGAUAAGUCUGAUAAAUAUAUCAUCAAUUUGGACAUUGAACAUAAAUGAUCGUCGAUACGAUGGUUAUGACCUGGAAAGAGGUCCCGUAUUUUAUGAAGCUUACUAUCCGGAAAAUAAUGAGAACAAUCCAACAGCGUACCAAGAAAAACGUUAUUUCGAUCGAGACGCUGUAAUUGAGAGAACGUUUCAAAUACCUACUGACCGAAGAGAAUACAUCGAAGAUAGAUCAAAAAAUGAUUAUCUCGAUCGUUUAGAACAUUUACAGUACGAUAAAUCAGAUGGAUUGAUUAUUUCCGAUCCGAAAUUUUCAAUGAACCAAAACUAUCCGAAUAUUGAACCAUCUAGGAUUUAUGAAGUAGCACAUAAAUUUUACGAUAUAAAUCGUUUUUCACCGCCCUACAUCGAACAAAUUCGAAGUACUCCGGAAGAUUCAUUAUCGUCAUCAUCGUCCUCAUCUUCGUCGUCGUCGUCGUCGUCGUCGUCGUCGUCGUUGCCGUCAUCAAAAGAUUUAGAAAAUUGGAACUCAUUGGAGAGUUACUUACGCUUUGAUCCAAGCUUCAAUGAUCGUCGUAACAUUGACAAAAUUGACAUAAAUAGAUCCAAUUUUCGAAUAAUUCCGGGACGUGAUUUAAAUCAAGAAAAUAUUUUUCAAAAGGAAAACGAAGACAGCAAUGAAACCAAAUCGCUUAGGCGUAUUCGAAAUAAUCUAUCUGAUCUAUCAUCGAGAAUUAUAAAACCUUUGGAAAUUUCAAAAGAAUUCGAAUUAAUAAGGAAAGUGUCACCGAGAGAUUUACAAGAUCGAAAUACGUUCGACGCAAUCGAUAAUAUAAAUUAUAUGAGAUAUCCAAGGCAACAGUAUCGUUAUUUUAGAAAUAUUAAUGAUCCGCAGGAAUCGCAAACGUGGAUGUCGAAUUUUAAAAAUCUUCGAAAUGAAGAAAUUGAAGAGAUUCCAAGAAAUAUUGACUCGUCGUUACCUUCAGAAAAUAUCUUUGUUCCGAGACCUCAAGUGAUCAAUUAUAUAUUUUCAAAGGAUUCAUCGAUUGAACGAACCGAGAAACCAAUUAUCAUGAAGGAAAUUACAAGAGGAAACGAUGAACCUCGAAAAUACGACGACAAUUCUUUUCAAGAGGAAUUAAAUAAAGAGGAAGAAAAGACAAAAGAUAAAAGUACAAAAGUUACGUCGAUUGAAAUAAGCGAAGUACCAAGACACAAGGUACGCCAUCAUCACGGUGAAUGGCUGCGUGAUUUCUCUCGUGGACAGAAUUAAUUUAAUUGGUACUAAUUGAUUUAAAAAAAGAAAAAAAAAAAAAAGAAAAAU